UCCGGGCCCGCUGGGCGGGAUUUGAAACCUGGCGGAUGCUAACAUGGAGGUCCGCGGCGAGCCGCCGGCCAGCGCGAGCUGUCCUCCCCCUGCCCAGGAGUGCCCGGGGAUCCCGGUGUCGCAGGAGCUGCUGACUGCAGGGAGCGGCGGCCGUGGAGGCAUAUUGGACAGACUCCUCAUCACCUCCAAGCCUAACUGCGGAGAGAAUUCCACUCUUCAGACAGUUCGCAUAGAAAGGAGUCCCUUACUAGACCAAGUGCAGGCCUUCCUCCCACAGAUGGCUCAGGCCAAUGAAAAGCUACGAAGAGAAAUAGCAGCAGCAGCACCUGGUCGUUUCAACAUUGAAAAGCUUGACGGGACUGUUGGAGAUGUUAUACAAAUGGAUGUGGCCUUGUUCGAAAUGAAUGAGUCUAAUCACAAAGGAGCAGCUGGCUCAGAAGAACAUUCGCAAGAUAGUGCAGAGGACAGUUCUGGAUCUGAGGAUGAAGGUGACAGCACCUCUUCUGAAGUCACCAUAGAUAACUUUAAGCUCCCUCAUUCAGAAGACGCAAAAGGCAAGAUAGAAGUUUUGGACACUCCUGCCAGUAUAAAAAAGAAAUAGUGAAAAUAAACGCUCUGAGAACCAGG